UUGUUCUUCAUUUGUGGUCAGAAGCGUUUCAGCUGACAGAAGGGUUUAGUGUACUGUAGAAGUCUACAUUAACAAUAAAAAAACAUGCUCCAGAAAGUCUGGUCCUGUAUUCUUUACCUGUAUAGUCUUGUGAACUUCUGGCAAUGUGAACCUGCACAGAAAUUAGCUGUUGGUCAUGUCAAUAUGCAGCAGUACUACGGUAACUGGAACUUUAUUGCUGCAGCAGCUGGUAACAAGUCUGCACUGGAGUCAUUUAUGCUCAUGGAUAAUACAUUGUAUCACCUUGGACAAGACAACGUACCUGAAAAGAUGCUAUUACUUGCAGGCAUUCGGCUUGUAACCGAUGUCUGCAUUACCAAAAAUUGGACUUAUCACUUUAACAAUGAGAUGGAGGAAUUAGUAUUAGAAGAUCGUCCACAACUCAAGACAGAAGUGUUUUUAGCCAAGUGCUCUGACUGCAUUAUCCUGCAAGAGACUAAUUUUGGGGAAACCAUGUAUUUUAAGAGAAGCAUGCUUUAUGCACGGACACAAUCCUUGGGUCAAGAAUAUGUUGACGACUUCAGGGAAAAAGCCAAGUGUAUGGGAAUGAAGGAGUUCUUUGUUCUGCCUUGGAAGAAAGAGUACUGUGACAUUCAGAGUGCACAGCAAAGGUACAAACAACUCUCCAGAGGAACAUGAUCUGAUCAUAGAGAAAAAAGUAUCUUUUGUUUGAGACCUGCUGCACCCUCGAACUGAGAACAGCCAGCUCCUUGAAUGGCCUUGUGUUAUUUGAUUAGUUCUUCAUCAGUUGUCUGGAAUGUAGCAGUCUUGAGUACAAUAAAAUUGUUACACCCCCUGCUGAAA